GUCGCGGUGCGCCGGUUUUGCGAUAUUACGAGUGAUCCUCAUACGCCGAAUAUACGAGAGUGAACUGAUCAUGUACGAGGAUUAGUGACUGGUCAAUAUGAACAGCGGGUCCAGAGAAGAGCUCCUGGGCAGUACCCAGGAGGCUAUACGCAACAGCCAGCAUGACCUGCGCAGCUUUGCUGAAAAACCGCUCACCAGAGAAGAGAAGUCAUACCUCCUGAACGCUGAUAGAGGAGACUAUGUGACUGUGAAGAGGUUAAUAGAAGUGUACGCAGACAAGCCGGAUGUGCUCGACAUAAACUGCGUGGACCCUCUGAACCGGUCGGCGCUCAUCGCCGCCAUAGAAAACGAAAACAUCGAGCUGAUCAAGUUAUUCCUCAACUCCGGAAUCAAAGUCAAGGAUGCAUUGCUGCACGCCAUCAAAGAAGAAUACGUGGAGGCUGUAGAACUGCUUCUGCAGUGGGAAGAGGAGCACCAUGUCGCCGGCGAGCCUUAUAGUUGGGAGUGCAUAGAGCCAGCAGCGGCAACGUUCACGCCCGACAUCACGCCUCUCAUCCUGGCGGCGCAUCGCAACCACUACGAGAUCCUCAAACUGCUGCUCGACCGCGGCGCCACGCUGCCCGUGCCCCACGACGUCAAGUGCGGCUGCGAUGAAUGUGUGAAGUCGUUAAACGAAGACUCACUCCGGCACUCCCAGGCCAGAAUAAAUGCAUACCGUGCCUUAAGUUCUCCUUCCCUCAUCGCCUUGUCUUCAGCGGACCCCUUACUCACUGCGUUUGAACUGUCAUGGGAAUUGGGAAGGCUGAGUGUGAUGGAAACAGAAUUCAGAUCAGAGUACAAGGGUUUAAGACAUCUUUGCCAAGAGUUUGCCACCUCCCUUUUGGAUCACACAAGAACCUCGCAAGAACUGGAAAUCAUGCUGAACUACAACCCUUGGGACCUGGACAGCUGGGAGCCUGGUGAAAGACAAACUUUGGGGAGGUUAAAGUUGGCAAUCAAGUAUAAACAGAAAAUGUUCGUAGCGCAUCCAAACGUACAACAGUUGCUCGGAUCCAUUUGGUAUGAGGGUUUGCCAGGAUUCAAGAGAAAAAGCAUCGUUGGUCAAUGUGUACAGGUAGCGAAAAUGGGUGCCAUGUUUCCCAUAUACUGCACCAUUUAUAUGCUCGCCCCGGAAUCGGAAUACGGUCAAUAUAUGAAGAAGCCAUUCGUCAAGUUCAUCUGCCAUAGCUCCUCUUAUAUGAUGUUUUUAAUGCUACUGUCCUUGGCGUCUCAGCGAGCGGAAUAUUUAGUAUUGGAAUGGUCUGGAAUAUCGUGGCUUCAAGAGCUGGUGGAGUUCUGGAAGAGUCGAGAGAGAGGCGCUUUGCCCGGGAUAAUUGAGUUCACCGUAGUCCUCUUUGUAGCAAGUUUAGUUUGGGGAGAAAUAAGAUCACUUUGGGAGAAUGGCUUAUUGGAGUACAUGAGUGAUUUGUGGAAUAUAGUAGACUUCAUCACGAACGUAUUUUAUAUAGCUUGGAUAAGCUUGCGGUUUUCUUCUUGGUACAUCGUGCAAAGGGACUUUCAUAGCGGCAAAGAUCCAUGGUACCCACGAGAACGCUGGGACUCAUUCGAUCCGAUGCUGCUCUCGGAAGGUGCCUUCGCCGCUGGCAUGAUCUUCUCAUUCUUGAAGCUGGUGCACAUCUUCUCCAUCAACCCCUACUUGGGACCGCUGCAAGUGUCCCUGGGCAGAAUGAUCAUCGAUAUCAUCAAGUUCUUCUUUGUGUACAUGCUCGUGCUGUUUGCCUUUGGAUGCGGUCUAAACCAGUUACUUUGGUACUACGCUGAGUUAGAGAAGAAGAAAUGUUAUCACCUGCCGAGUGGUGCCCCAGAUUUUGAUAAUCAAGAGCGAGCUUGCGAGAUAUGGAGACGCUAUGCAAACUUGUUCGAAACAUCACAAUCUCUCUUUUGGGCGUCCUUUGGCCUCGUCGACCUUACCACCUUCGAGUUAACAGGAAUCAAAAGCUUCACUAGAUUCUGGGCACUAUUGACAUUCGGCUCGUAUUCCGUGAUCAAUAUUAUUGUACUUCUAAACAUGCUUAUCGCUAUGAUGUCCAAUUCCUAUCAAAUUAUUUCGGAAAGAUCGGAUAUGGAAUGGAAAUUCGCGCGAAGCAACCUGUGGAUGUCCUACUUUGAGGAUGGCGAUACCGUGCCUCCACCUUUCAACAUCAUCCCCACUCCCAAACAUAUGAACAACUUGGUGGCACGGAUGUUUGGGAAUAAAUCAAGGGGGUCAAUAAUUAACAAGUCACGAGAAAAGGCAAGACAACAGCAUGAAGGUAUUAUGCGUAUACUAGUCAGAAGAUAUGUAACAGCUGAACAAAGGGCAAGAGACGAGGUUGGAGUUACCGAAGAUGACGUCAUGGAAAUAAGACAAGAUAUAUCGACACUGCGAUUCGAGCUCAUAGAUAUACUGGCAAACAACGGAAUGAAGACUCCUAGAAUUAACAGUCAGGAUACAACAAUUGCAGGCAAGAAGGGUAAAGUGAUGGAGAGACGAAUUCUGAAAGACUUCCAAAUCGGAAUCGUCGAAGGAAUAGUUAAGGAUGUCAUAUCGAAGGAGAGCAAACCAAAGGAUGUGUUCAGCCAGAUCGCUAAAGCUAUUGGACGACGAGGAAGUGAUGCUGAAAAGAAAAAAGACUGGAAUGCUCAAGUACGCAGGAGUACGAUCAGACGUGACCCCAUCGGUUCCACCUCGGAGGCAGAGAAACGAAGCAGGCAGUCGCUACGUGCUCAUAUCUUGGAUAAUGUGCAAGGACGCACUAUCGAUCCACAGAAACUAUUACAAUUCAACCCGAACCUGUCUACGGUUACCCCAACGACUAGAGUUGCUUACGCUAAGUUCAUGAGAAGUAAGAUUAAAUCAGAUUUCACGACAACAGAAGACGAGCCACCCGAUGAGAGCGCAGAAGGAAAAGACGAUUUAGUACCAGUAGUCGCGAAAAAUAUUAUAUUAGCUAAACUUGGAAAACCAAAAACAGAGAAGGAAGAAGGUGGACAAGGUGGUGAAACAAAUGAGAUUAAAGUGGAAGCAGAUAUUGAAAACAAAGGUUCAGGAUCUGAUGGAGGCUCCGAACAAACAAGACCAUUAACAUCUGAAACAUCCGAUACCGGUACACCAGAUUCAGGACCUAUCGACAAACCACAGAAAUCAGACUCAAAAGACCACGUCAUCCAAAUAGAUGAACCCGAAUCACCAUCGAAGACUUUAUACAUGACCAAAGAAGAAGAUGAGAAUUUGCAAAAACCAAUGUCACCAACUCCAAGCGGACUAUCCCAGUCGGAACAAAUUUUAUCCGCUGCAACAUUAGAAACUGAUCAAGAAAAGGCUAAGUCUGAAAGCCCAUCUGUAGUAAUAACAGUUCCAGAAGAACCGGAAAAACCAAAACCUCCGAAACCUCGCAAAGAACCUAAACCAACCACGAGUAUGCCUGCCGAUCCACCACCGCCGCCUAAGCCAGGCAUAGUUACUGAUAAAGGCAAAUCAAAAGUUACUGGUAAAAUAGUGUCUGGUUGGCUCUAACUAAAAAUAUAUAGUUUUAAAAUGUACAAUUAAGUUGU